UUAAAAAAUAUAUAACUGAUAUGUCUAUUUGUAGAGUAUUUAAAUCAUUGAGUCAGUUGAUGUUCUUUGUGACAUGCUGAAAUUGAUCGCGUCGCUGACUCAAAUACGAAGCGAAGUGAAAUUUGCUUCUUCUUCAUUUUGCCCCGAGGCCAACGUCGCGUUGCUGACCAUCUGUGCUAUCUUCCGUCUCAUUUGAAGCAUUAUGACGAUGCCCACGUAACACCGAAUACUAGCCAGCGGAGGGAAGCUCGCGUCGCUUCCAACAGACAUGAAAUUCUUGGCCGUGCUCGGUGUGCUUAUGAUACAGUGCACCGCAACAAAAUCAUGGACCAACGACAGUAAUUGAUAAUUGUGACGGAACCAGUGCUCGAAAUAAUAUUAAUUUCAAUCGAUAGGUUAUUCAGAGCAAUCUUUCUUUGUGUUUGGAUGGGUCAGCUACUUGAAACGUCUCACCUUGGUAAUGUUAAUGCUGUCAGGAGUGAUCCUGUAUUAUAUUCCAGAAUCUCGUCCAUAUGCGCGAAAAAUUUGUUACGCUCUAAUUGAUAUCACGGCAAAUUUUUUGAAAUCGGUGCUCAGUGUGCAAGAAAGCGACUACGUGUAUGAAGCUAUCAAAUCCAAGUAUCAUCGUGCAAGAUACGAUCAAUCCUUAAACGCGCAGAGACGGCGAUCGCGAGAAGGCCAGGAAAACACUGAGGAUUUCGAGCGUGCGCAUGUUUACAGCGCAAAGCUGAAAACAAGUCUGGACGAAAAUGGAUUACGAGAAUUUAGAGAGAAAAAGAAGCUCAAUAGAAAGCUAAGCAAAGAUAUCCGACAUUCUCGUCACUACCUUCGAAGUAGCAUCAUUAAGAAAGCUUCGGAUCCUCGAGUUGAUAUGGCAAAACUAUCUCAUUUCUACACUGACAGAAUAGACGAUAUUCAAAAAUACGUGAAAACGAAUUUAUGUGGCGUGAAUAGAAUAAAUGGAUCGGUAGAAGAUUAUGCACUUUUAAUCAGCGGCAGUCCAAGGCAAAUGGCUAUGCUCGACCAAAAAUACGAAAAGGAUGACGUCGUUCUUGUUGAAGAUCCUUAUUGUAAAGUAGAAUACAAAGAAUGCGGUACGUCGACCGACAGAUUGUCCACUAAAACAGAAGGCUCAGCCUCAGAGCAAGAAGGACCAACGAGGGAUCACAAUAAUCACACAGAAUCAGGUAUAGAAACGUAUGUUAAGGAUGUCGAUUUGAGUUUUACACCAGAAGCUGAAGUUUCAAGAUAUUUCGAUUACCCGGAAUCGUAUCAGUCGAAUACGUAUCAAUGCGGAGGCAAAUGCUGUGAAGGUGACAACGGAUGUUCAAUGUCAUCUGCAGAUAUAAACAGAGAAAUUCUGAACACAGAAUUGUCAAAUGAGACUAAAAACGUACUAAAAUCGUCGAAAAGUAUGGUAAACUCGAAAAUACACGAUAAGGGCGAGAAUUAUACAAAUCACGGUCGUGAAAGUCGGUUGAUGAAGUCGAAUAAUUUGAACAACGACAGGAGGGUUAAUUUUCAAGAUGAUGGCGAAAUAAUAACACAAAAUCAUGAAGAACUUACACGCCCACGUAACAAUAUCUCAUCAAGAUCUAUCCAUAGAAAUAAAUUAAUUGACCAUUGCUGCAAUAACGUUCCAUAUUACACGGACCGGGAUGGCGAGGCAGACGACGAAAAUUCUCAGCACGGAAGACGUAUAAUUGCAAAAUACGAAAUCGACGAUAGACCUCAGAGGGAGAGCCACGCGUAUAAAACGUAUUCGGACGACUCGAUCUUCGACUACGACAACUUUUACACGAAACCGAUCUUGAAGAAUCAAUUCAAACCUGUCUUAUUGCGGGCGGUAAAUUGGAUCUUUGGUGGUUGUCCGGGGGCGUCGAGGAGGGUCGCGACGAAACGCGGCGUGGUCGGAAAGGAAGAGACCCAAGAGUUCACCGACGAGUGGCUCCUCUAGCCAAGGAUACCAGUCCCGUCGUAGAGAACGGUCGAACCGUCGGCAAACAUAGACACCUACCGUAUCGGAACCUCGAUACCGGCUCGCGCUAAAACCGUCGAAAGCCACUUCACCGAGACUACUGAAAGGACUAAUCGACACUG